AGUUCUUUCUAGAAGCCCUGAGUGCCAAAGUAACAAAAUUUAAACAUGGCAAACCUAUGCAAAACUUUUGUUCGGUCCUUUGCAACAAGUGCACAAAGAGCAAAUGUCUUUAACCAUGUUACUGUAGUUGGAGGAGGACUUAUGGGGGCAGGAAUUGCACAGGUUGCUGCAUCAACAGCACACAAUGUGGCCUUGGUUGACCAGAACAACACAAUUCUGGGUAAAUCUAUGACUAGCAUUCAGAAGAGUCUGGAUAGAGUGGCCAAAAAGAAAUUUGCUGACAGCCCAGCAGCAGGAGAACAAUUUGUAAGGGAUACUCUUGCUAGAAUAACCCCUGCUACCAGCCCCAUCACUUGUGUUUCUCACACAGAUCUGGUGAUAGAAGCCAUUGUUGAGGACCUGGAGACUAAGAAGAAGCUGUUCAGAGAGCUGGAGGCAUUAGCUCCACAACACACCAUUUUCACAAGUAAUACUUCCUCCCUUCCAAUUGGUGAAAUAGCUGUAGCAUCAAAACGCAAGGACAGGUUUGGGGGACUGCAUUUCUUUAACCCUGUCCCCAUGAUGAAGCUUCUAGAGGUGGUCAGGAUUCCAGCAACAAGUGAUGCUACAUUUGACAAGUUACUCGCAUUUGGAAAAGAUAUGGGGAAGACUACAGUGUGCUGCAAGGACACUCCAGGAUUUAUUGUUAAUAGAUUAUUGGUGCCUUAUAUGCUGGAAGCAGUCAGAAUGGUAGAAAGAGGAGAUGCUUCCAUAAAAGACAUAGAUACUGCGAUGAAGCUUGGGGCCGGAUAUCCCAUGGGGCCAUUUGAACUAUCCGAUUAUGUUGGCCUUGAUACAAUGAAAUUCAUAUUGGAUGGUUGGCAUAAGAGUUUCCCAGACAAUCCACUCUUCAAGCCCAGUCAUUUAUUGGAUAAACUGGUAGCACAAGGAAAACUUGGAAACAAGACCGGUGAAGGAUUUUACAAACAUUAAACCUCAGAAUGUGAUGCUGACAACCUCGCACAAACAGUGAUACUGACUGAGAUGGGGGUUUAGAAAGUGCCAUACAUACAUAGUGCUCAUCAGUAAAUGUGUGGUUUGAAGACAAAAGUCAUUGUUGUUUGUCUCUAAGACUUAAAAGUGAUAUAUCAUCAAAUGUUUUUCUUAAAAUUAAAAGUUAAAAUAA